CCUUUCUCCAUUUCUUACUUUCUCUGUUGUCUCCUUUCCUUUUCACAUUUUCUCUCUCUAAAAAUCUCUCUCUCUCUCUAUCUCUCUGCAGCUUUCAUGGCAGUUCUACCAAAAAAUUCUUCAUGCUUGGAGUUGACCAUGUCCAUACCAGGCUUGAGUUCAUCUUCAUCUCAUCUUCCUCCCUCUGUGAGAAAUUUGGACAUAAAUCGAGUACCCUCAGGAGAAGAAGAAUGGUUUGCUUCAAACAUGGAAGAUGAAGAUGAUCAGAGCAACAACAGCUGCGGUCCUCCGCGUAAGAAACUCCGUCUCACAAAGGAACAGUCUCGUCUCCUUGAAGAAAGCUUCAGACACAACCACACCUUAAACCCUAAACAAAAAGAGGCUUUGGCAAUGCAAUUGAAGCUGAAGCCAAGGCAAGUUGAGGUUUGGUUUCAAAACCGUAGGGCAAGGAGCAAGCUGAAACAGACUGAGAUGGAGUGCGAGUACUUGAAGAGAUGGUUUGGGUCACUUACAGAACAGAACAAAAGGCUACAAAAGGAGGUGGAAGAGCUGAGGGCCCUGAGGGUGGGACCCCCAACCGUCAUGUCGCCCCACAGUUGCGAACGACUCCCGGCAUCCACCCUGACAAUGUGCCCUAGGUGCGAGCGCGUCACCACCACCGUCCUCGACAAGGGCCCCACCAGAACCACCACCACCACCAACAACCCCACCACCACCACCACCAUGUUAAAAGUGUCCUCCUCCAUUCUUCACUCCCGACAUCCCUCGGCGGCUUGUUGAUUGUGCAUCAUAUAUAAUAAUGUAAUGACAGCUUUUGGGAGGAGAAUAGAGAGAGAAAAAGGAGAAGACUAAAAAGAAUUAGUGUUCAUAGUAGAAGUGAUGGGUAGCUCAUACAAUAUUGUACUUUGGAUGCUAACAUAUAAUUAAUUAUAAUAUAUAUAUGCUUAAUUAUAUGUUAGAUAUAUUCUAUUUUAAUCAUACCAUAAACUUUCAUUUUAAUCA